UAAAUGUACUCAUAUGAAAUAAACAAAAUAUGACUAUGGAAAAUAAUCAACAAUUGCGGGAACAGCUUAUUGCGGCAGUGGUUAAGAAGCGAGCGGCAGUCGCCAGAGCUCAUCAAGUAGUUGUCACACUCCUGGAGCCACACAUUGAGGAGCAGGCGUUCCUCGAUUUGCUAACUGAAAUCGGUCCGGAUAACUACGCAGAUAUUGUGGAAGAACGACACAUUAACAAGCUGUGUGGUUAUCCACUCUGUGAUGUGCUUGUGGAAAAGGUGCCUGUGAAACAGUAUCAAAUCUGCGUUACCAGGAAUAAGGUGUACGAUAUCACUGAACGCAAAAAGUUCUGCUCCGGCUACUGCUUCAAGGCAUCCGAAUAUAUCAAAUCUCAGGUGCCCACCUCGCCAUUGUGGCUGCGCGACAAGGAGCCGAAACCCAAUUUUAGGCUGAUGCCGCGCGAAAAAGAAAUUAGUAAAUAAACUGUGUAAACUGUGAUAAUAUGUCCA